GGAAAUGUAGUUAAGGAAACCCCCCCUCCCAAAAAUAAUUAGAGAAAACCCCCUUAGUUAGGAUUUCACCAAAUGUUAUUUUUAUAAUUCCAAAUCUACCCUUAUUUGUCAAUGUAUUAUUUUGAAACCCUAAUUUCUUUCUUAUUUUUUCAGCCCCUCACACCCACCAAUGCCUCUCCCCGCCGUCCACCAUCUCUGCCCAUCACCACUACCACUAUCUCUCCCCCGCCGUCCACCGCCACCUGCCGCCCCCGGCGGCGCUCCGGCGAACGUGGCCAUCGCCGUUGCCAGGCUUGGUGGGAAGGCCGCCUUUCUCGGGAAGCUCGGCGACGACGAGUUCGGGCACAUGCUCGCCGGAAUCCUGAAGGAGAACGGCGUCUCCGCCGACGGCGUGAGAUUCGACAAGGGCGCACGCACCGCCCUGGCGUUCGUGACCCUACGCGCCGACGGAGAGCGUGAGUUUAUGUUUUACAGGAACCCCAGCACUGACAUGCUGCUCACUCCCGAUGAUUCUCUGAUGAAUAUGAUCUUCGUAAUCAUACGUCUUGAUUAUCGUGAACUGGAUUGAAGGGAGAGGAAAAUCGGUUGUGUGCGAGGCCAUCAUCAAGGAGGAGAUUGUGAAGAAGGUGCUUAAGACUGAUGUUGCUUCAUUGGUGGAGCUGAACAUGGCUCAAGACCUGACGGGUUCGGCCAUGGCAGAAGCUCUGGGUGGUGUGGUGACGAUGGGGAGGAUGUUUUUUGGUUUUUUUGUGGAUUGAACGGAUGAAGGCGCGUGUAG